UAAAUAAAUGUUUGAAUUCUGAGCGUUACAAAUGCUGAAUGUCCAACGAAUAUAUUUUUUUUCUCUCAUGCAGGUGUAAGCAUCAAAUCGUCAAUAUAAAAUUACAAAAAUUAAUAUUAAUAAUUUAAAAUAAUUGUUAUAUUAAUUGAGUGUAAUUAAAUAUUGUUUGUGUUUAAUUAAUUGCCUUGGUAACAUUACUUAAAAAAUGGAUAAUUUUGUGAGAAUCGAAAAAAUUGGUGAAGGUACUUAUGGAGUUGUUUACAAAGGUAGAAAUAAAAAAACUGGUCAAAUUGUUGCCAUGAAAAAAAUACGUUUAGAAAGUGAUGAUGAGGGUAUACCAUCAACAGCAAUUCGUGAAAUAUCAUUGCUCAAAGAAUUAAAGCAUCCAAAUAUUGUUGGUUUGUUGGAUGUAUCAAUGGAAGAAUCAAAGCUCUACUUGAUAUUUGAAUAUUUAACAAUGGAUCUUAAAAAAUACAUGGACACAUUGGGCACUGGUAAAUUGAUGGAACCAGAAACAGUCAAGUCCUAUUUGUACCAGAUAACAAGAGCUGUAUUAUUUUGUCAUACACGUAGAGUUCUUCAUCGUGAUUUAAAACCUCAAAAUCUUUUGAUUGAUAAACAAGGUGGUAUUAAAGUUGCUGAUUUUGGUCUUGGUAGAGCAUUUGGUAUACCAGUUAGAGUAUAUACUCAUGAAGUUGUAACACUUUGGUACAGAGCACCAGAAAUAUUACUUGGUACAACAAGAUAUACUUGUGCUAUUGAUGUUUGGAGUAUUGGUUGUAUAUUUGCUGAAAUGGCUACUAAAAAACCUCUGUUCCAGGGUGACAGUGAAAUUGAUCAAUUAUUCAGAAUUUUCAGAGUUUUGAGAACACCAACAGAAGAAAAUUGGCCAGGUGUUACACAGCUUUCUGAUUAUAAAGCAACAUUUCCAAAUUGGACAUCAAAUAAUUUAGCAAGUCAGGUAAAACCACUUGAUGAACAGGGUCUUGAUUUACUUCAAGCAAUGCUUAUUUAUAAUCCAGAAAAUCGUAUAUCAGCACGUGCUGCACUUCAACAUCCUUAUUUUGAUGAUCUUGAUUUGAAAAAAUUACCUGAAACAUGAUUAAUAUUAUCAACAAUCCAAUAAUACCACUUGCUCGUUUGGAUAACAGGGUCCAAGACUUGACUUAUCUUUUCUAUUCUAGAAUCGUCAUUUCGUAAUUUUUUUUUUUUUUUUUUCUACUUUUUCCACUAAAUUUACACUCGUGUUAGCUUUAGAUUUAUUUUUUUAUAAUUAUUAUUAUUGAUUUAAUUGUAAGUAAUUGUUCAACAAAUUAUUUGCUGACAUUUGAAUUAUUAUUUUGAUAAAAAUAAUUCGUAGUUUUUAAGUUUUUAUAUUUCAUAAGUUUUCAAUUUAAUUUUUUUUUUCUUUUUUUUCCGGUUAUUAUUAAAAUAUGAUAUUAUAUAAAUUUUUUUUUUUUUUUUUGCUAAUACUGAAUUGUCAAUUCAAAUAAAAUUAAUUCAUGGAAAUGAUAUUUAAAUAAUUAAAUAUUUAUCCUUGUUUGCAACGUGCCAAAAAAAAAAAGAAAACAAAUAACAUCAAACUCGGUUACUAGUAAUAAUUAUUAGCUCUUUAUUUAAAAUGUACAUAGUACUAAAAUAAUAAAAAAAAGAAAGUAAUAAACAAAAGCAAAAAAAAAGGAGCAGACUGUCAUAUAUAUUUUUUUUUUUUUAAAUUAAUUAAUUUGUUUUUUUUUUUCGAUGGGUUUAUUGAUAAAUUAUUUGGAAAUAAUUGUUGGCAUUUUAUCUGUUGCCAGUGUUUAUUAUU